AUGCUGCCGACGUUUAACCGUUUCCAGGAUGACCAUGCACAUCUACUGGGAUCUGGUUCUGAUUCAAAAGGGUCCGCUGAGAAUGGGACUACUGCGGGAGUAAUCAGGGUUCUGCUCCGUGCAGGCGUCGAUCCGAAUAGUUUUGAAUCGGAUACAUACUGGACUGCAUUACAUUUAGCGGUGCAGAAUCGGAAUGUCGAAUCUGCUUCAGUGUUGUUGGACUUCGGCGCAGAUCCGAAUAUGACGGACGAUGAGGGCUGGACGCCGCUGCAUCUUGCGGUGCAGGAUGGAGAUGUUGUCGCAGUGGCGGUACUACUCGCAGGUGGGGCCGAUGGGGAGAGCAGGACGGACAAGGGCGAAACACCUGUUAUGCUUGGGAUACGGUUAGGAAAGGAAAAGGUUGUGAGGACGUUGCUGGAUCGGGGAUGCAAGGCAGGUCUUGGUGCCGGGAGGGUUUCUGCUUGGGACUGGCUGGACGGCGCCCCAGUCCCCGAUUUGGAGAACCAGGGGUAUGGGCGGGCAUUGCGGCCUUGA